CUUCGCACCAGUCAUCAUCAUUUUUGACUUUUUGUUGACAAAAAAUUUUGCAGAUUUUUCCUUUCGAAAGAGGUGUUUGACGUCGGAAUAGCAAGUUUUUCAGUGUUUUUAAUCCAGCAUAUAGACUCGGAAUAUCACACUUUCGGGAAGUUACUGCUAUAGUGCCAUUUAUAGAGUCGCACAAUCCGCAAUCACCAUUCUCUCACAGCAGCUCAAUGGCUGGCAAUUUUUGGCAAAGUUCUCAUUUCCAACAAUGGAUUCUGGACAAACAGGACUUGAUUCGAGAGCGGCAACAUGAUUUGGCCAUUUUAGCGGAGGAAGAAUAUCAGAAGAUCCUGAUUUUUUUCUCUAAUUUUAUUCAAAGCUUGGGAGAGAGUUUGAAGUUACGACAACAAGUUAUCGCAACAGCCACUGUUUAUUUCAAACGAUUCUACGCUCGCAACUCUUUGAAAUGUGUGGAUCCACUUCUCCUGUCUCCGACGUGCAUUUUCUUGGCAUCCAAAGUUGAAGAGUUUGGAGUCAUUUCCAAUAACAGGCUCGUCCAGACUUGUCAAGCUAUAGUGAAAAACAAAUUUAGCUAUGCCUAUGCGCAAGAGUUUCCGUACAGAUUUGCCCAGAUCUCGGAGUGCGAGUUCUAUUUGCUGGAGAAUUUGGAUUGCUGCCUAAUUGUUUAUCAGCCGUAUCGGCCUUUGUUGCUGCUCCUCCAAGACAUCGGGCAAGAAGAGCAGCAGUUGCUAGGAUUAGCAUGGAGAAUAGUCAAUGACAGCCUGCGAACUGAUGUCUGUCUCCUCUAUCCACCCUACCUAAUUGCUAUUAGUUGUCUACAAAUAGCCUGUGUUGUUCUGCAGAAAGAUCUUAAAGGUUGGUUUGCGGAGCUGAACGUAGACUUUGAGAAAGUCCAAGAAAUUUCUAGGUAUAUCAUCGCCCUUUUUGAACUGUGGAAAUCGUACAACGAGAAAGACGAAAUUAAAACCCUAUUGAACAAAAUGCCGAAACCAAAAGUCCAGCAACCGAGAUAGCUUUAGGCCAGUGCUGCACACUUCUCACAGCAAAUGGAGACGGACGGUAAACUCAGCAAUGUUAAUGAAUGGUUAAUUGUGGUAAACUCACAUCCAAGGAAAAAUUUCCUCUCUCCGAAGCUACUACUUGAAACACGCAAAGUCCGCUCCUGCAAAUGGACUGUUUUGCUUGUCAGUGCUCCGCAGUGGAUCCACUAAGAAUCAAGGAGAUCUCUGUAUGCAACUCAGUAACACAAUGUCUUUGAAACAAAGUCUCUGAAUUCUUCUUCAAAGAUUCUCUUUCCUUUGUCUUUUUAAGUAUCUGUAGGUUGACCCUACUCCCAAAAAUACGGAUUGGAUUCCGAAUUAAUUUCAUUGUGCAGAUUAUGUUUUCAUAAAACUUUUUUUAAGAAUUUAAGUUUAGUAAAAGGUCAAAUCGAUGAUCAAUACUCACAGAAGAUAAGUAAAUCAAUGUAAAAUUUUGGACUUGGAAGUAUGUAGAGCUAAAAGAUUUCAUUAAAUUUAUUCCUGUAAAAUCCAAAGAAAUCUCAUGAAUUUUUAGAAAUUUACUUCCAGUUUUGAAUCAUUAUCCAGCAAGUAAGCAAAAUGCAUACUUAUAAACCCUCUAAAGUUUCCUUGGAUUAAUCUAGUCCUAGUUGUUGAUAGUAAAUUCAAUGAAAGAAAGAUACAUUCGUUUAAUAUCAAUGAGCCAGUUGCACAAUUUUUUCAAUUGCUUGUUUGAAAAAAAAAAAAGGCUCCUAAUGCUACAGGGAUUUCCCUGGAAUUUUUUUAUCACCAAAAACCCUCAAAAAAUCAACUUGACCCUCUAUCGCAUGAUUUAAUUUUAGGUCACUGAUUGCGGGGAAAAAGUUCGUGUUGUAGUUAAUAGAAUUUCUGGAGGUCAAUUAGGAGGAUCACUGAAAAUUUUAACCUCUACUUUCUUAAAAAGGGUGGAAAAGAGGUUGCAUUCCAGAUGUAACAUAAUGCAGUUACGCCGUAUUCGUAUUUCGACCUUUUCCCUUUGGUCAACAUUAGGCAAGCAAUUUUCUCAGAAUAAUAAGCUGUGAAGAAAAAAUGCCCUGAAUUUUCCCCAGGAACAUUCUCCUGAGAUAAUUUGAAUGUUCUUAGACACGAGGCAAUGUACAAUUCAUUCUUAUUGUUAUAAUUUUGAGCACUUAAAGUGAGGUUCCUAGAAAUUCUUCAAUAUUUUUCUGAAGAGGUUUUCAUAACAGAAAGUUCAAAGUUCCCUAGAUUUUGUAUUAUGAAAUGUUUAGGUUUUGUACUAAUGACGUUGAAGUGUUUUAUGUGCAUUUCCUUUUGCAUAAGCUUUUUUCUCUGGUGAGGAAUUUUAGUCGUUGACUAUAUAAAGUGUUUGCUUACAAUAAGUGCUCAUCUGCGUUCCUUCUGCAAUUGGGCAGAAAGUGAUCUCAAGAAUCAGGCACAUCUGCAUAUUAACAAUUCAAAACUUAAUUUCUAUUAAACCCAUGUUGCCACCUUUUCAAAUUAGAUACUUCAAGUAUAUAAAGUUAAUUUUUAUGUUUCGUUUGUUUACGGUCUUCAUCUUCUUAGUUUUUUAUUUUGUGAUUUUAUCAUCGUUUUAAAGUAUGUAUUUGACUGUGUACUGAGUUAGUGAUUUUAACACUACCAAGAAGUUGGCGGUUUUACCAAGUAUGGUGGGGGUGGCAGUAUUAAAUCCACCUUUUCCUGGCAUUUUCACGGCUCACACUAUCUUUUUAAUAGUAACCCCCCCUCCUUCCACCUCGUGCUUCUCUCUGGCAGAUUUAACAGUUGGAAGUUAAAAAUGGCUACUGGAAUUAAAGUGUUUUUAUUAUGUUAACAGUUUGCAGCUAAUUUUACUUUAGUAACUCUGAAAACCAACAAAUAUUUAUGUUACAUACUGUAAGGUAUAGUAGAAAGUGUUGAACCUCUUUAAGGUAUUCUAAUGAAUGAUCUGUUUUGAUGCAUUUCAUCUUCAUAAAGCAUUUUGAUUUGUAAAAGCAGUUUUUAGCCUUGUCGGAAAAGUAUGUUGUUAUUAAAUCAGCAUGUGAAAGACA